GACUGGGUGGUUUAAUUCACCACACCUCACUCGCAGAAAAGGAAGAUUGUGCGAGCGCGCAUCGUUGUCGAUCAUGGGGAAGAAAAGGAAGCCGAAGUCCAACAAGGCGAAGGCGACUGCCUCUGGUGGUAAGACCAGCGCAGCGGGCGAGACGCAGACGGCCACUCCCUCCUCGCCUGGCGGCCCUGCCCUCGACCACGUGGCUCGGAGUAUGUAGUGUACAGUGGAUAAGGGCCACCUUGAACGUAUCCUUUUUUUUCAGAGGUGUCCCUUUAAUAUGCAAGCAUGGGGAAGAUUUUGGAGGGUCCUUGUUUUUAAACUUCCACUAGUUCUAGCUAUUAGACAUUGACACAUGUAGUUCUAGCUAUUAGAUAUUGACACAUGUAGUUCUAGCUAUUAGAUAUUGACACAUGUAGUUCUAGCUAUUAGAUAUUGACACAUGUAGUUCUAGCUACUAGAUAUUGACACAUGUAGUUCUAGCUACUAGAUAUUGACACAUGUAGUUCUAGCUAUUAGAUAUUGACACAUGUAGUUCUAGCUAUUAGAUAUUGACACAUGUAGUUCUAGCUAUUAGAUAUUGACACAUGUAGUUCUAGCUAUUAGAUAUUGACACAUGUAGUUCUAGCUAUUAGAUAUUGACACAUGUAGUUCUAGCUAUUAGAUAUUGACACAUGUAGUUCUAGCUAUUAGAUAUUGACACAUGUAGUUCUAGCUAUUAGAUAUUGACACAUGUAGUUCUAGCUGCACAUGUAGUUGUAGCUACACGUGUUGCUGUGUUGCAGAGAGCAGUGUGGAGGAGGCAGAGAAGAAGGGAGAACUGGACUGGCCUGAAGACAAGAAGGCUCAGGAGAGGCUGCUCUCCGCCAUAAAACUGAAGACUCUCGCUCCUUUUCUCUUUGGACAGAAAACCCUCUCUCUGGAGGCCGAGUUGUGUGCUGUGGAGGCAGAACUACUUCCCAGAGAUGAAGGGGUGUGGCCAGCAUUCUUUGAGGAGCGUCAGUGGAGGACUGCAGUGUUAGUGGUUCAAGUUGUCCUGACUUCGUCACACCUCUGUGAAACCAACCAAUCAUUUAGAGACUAUCUUUUGAAAGGAGAGUCUGCAGUUUUGAAGGACACAACUAUGGUAGCAAAACUUCUCAAGUUGCACAGUAAGAUGAUGGCUGAAUACACAACCUCUGAAGUGGAGGUCACUUACAAAGUUCUCAGACUACAAGUGAUGUCGCUGGGUAUGGUGGGCGUGUCCAGCCCCGCCUACCUGUUCCUGGACGGGCUCCAGGAGAAGGAGCAGCUGGUGUUGCCGAUCAAGGAGAGAGGAAACUUCAACUUCAAAGAUGGCCGUUAUCGCGCUGCCAUCGGCGACUACACCAGGGCCAUCAGAAUAUCUCCAUUCAGUGCAGUCCUCUACAGCAACAGAUCUCUUUGUUACCUCAAAAAUGGAGACACAUGGAAUGCCUGUGUGGACAGUUUCCGAGCCCUCGUCCUGAAACCAGACUGGGAGAAGCCGUAUCAUCACUGCAGUGAGGCGUGGCUGGCGCUAGGCAACCACUCCCUGGCUCUCAAGAUGAACAACAUUGGACGAGACGUCUGCUCCACGACCUCUGAACUCUCUCGACAGAACGAACAAAUCCUGGUUGCCAUGGAGACUGCAAAGGGUGGUGAAGCUCCACCCACUGGCCCCUCCCACCAAUCACCCUCGGCAACGGGGGAAGAGGGAGUGAAGAAACCUUCGUCGAAGCCUCGUAAGAAGGGAAGAAAGCAGAGGGAGAAAGAGCAAACGUCAACACCAACUAGCUCCGCCCACUCAUCAGCAAACAGUAACUGUGAAAAGGUUGCCACAGCAACCACCCAGCAUUCCGAUAAGUGUGAGAGUGAUUUCGAUGACAUCACGGAGGGGCUGACGGACCACAGUGGCAGGGGGGACCACUCGGGUACCGAAAGGGACGAAGCAGGGCCGAAGAGGGAACCAAUAGAGGACCAGAACGAAUGGGAGUUCCGCCACGCAAUCACUGCCAAGAAGAUGUUGAAGCGGCGGCAGAGAGAUGAUGUCGUCAUACCCCUGGCCGGCUCGUCUGGUUCUGAGCCUGACGAGGACUACGUCGGGGCGGUAAGAGGGCUGCCUUGUCCGGAGAGAGAGGCUGCCAUGGCUGCGAGGAAGGAAGAGAGAGCCAUGGCUGACUUCAGGAGAAGGGAGGAGGAGAGAGAGAGGAUGAGAGUGGAGAGGAGAGCCAUGCGAGCUGCUGAGGAGAACAAGAUAGUCCAAACACUCCUCAACCUUGACCCCUACACAAAGUUUCAGGAGCUCCAGGUCCCCACUCUGGAUGUCAGUGUCACCACCAGCCAGCUCUUUGACAUGAUGAAGACUGUUCCUUCCAGACGGGUAUAUAUACACAUCCUUCCAAUACCUGUUUACUGGUUCCUGUGGGAAAUUACACCACUUUGCGUUCAGUUAGGGUGUGCCACAUAUACAUAUUUGACAAUAUUUGGAAUCGCCGGUCACUGGACAUUGCUAGAAUAGGCUGUGAUUCAUUGCCAGUGUCAAUUGAUUCUUUGGCACAGUUGUUCUCCACUGGUGACAGAGUUACAUAGCUCGCUACUUAUUACAAUCACAGUCAUGUGCCCCAAAUAAAAUUACCAACGCUCAAAUCCCAAAACCUGUUCUUCUGAUUGUGUGUGUCAGGGUUCCCAGAUGAUAGGUGCUCAGUACACAGCUCACAGUGAGGGAUGGCGCAGCCUGGAGCCACUCCCUCCUCUCUCUCCUCCCGUUAUUCCUAAACCUCCAGCCUCCAAAUUGACUGCCACUUUUGAUGAGGUGUGGUGUCCACUGCUAGCUGGGGUGGUGGAAACGUCUGACAUUAUACCUCCACGGAUCCACUACGUUGGUAACAUGGUUACCAAGUACAUUCCUCAUUACCCCCCUCAUUACCAUCGUUAUGAGUUCUAAUUACAUCAUCGUUAAGCUGUAUCAUACUAUUGCUCUGCUAUGCUGAUGGCCGUACAAGUUAACUGGCUUACGCGGCUGUGAGGCAUAUCUGUCAGAAAUCAAAUAUUAUGCAGUGAAACUGCUGGAAGGCCA